AUGGCAAAGGAAUACCAGGUUCCGUUCAAGCUCGCCGACCCAAGUCUGCUGCACUUCGAUUCAUGCGUUGGCGACAAGUGGGUGGAGUCCAAGAGCGGCAAACGCUUUGAAGUUCUCGACCCUGGAACCGACCAGGCGUGGGCCAGUUGCCCCGCAUCUACUGUGGAUGAUGUGCCCGAUGCUGUCGAGACUGCCCACAAGGCAUUCGAAGAAUUCCGCAAGACAACUCCGCGACAGAGAGCGAAGUGGCUUCUCAAAUGGUACGAUCUGGUAACUGAUGCGAAGGAAGACCUCGCUCAGAUUGUCACCCAUGAAACCGGGAAACCGCUCGCCGAAGCCCGCGGCGAACUCGACUACUCUCUGGGCUUCCUGUGGUGGUUCUCCGGUGAGGCCGAGCGUAUCCAAGGCUCUGUGUCCCAGCCAGCUGCGCCAGGCCGUCGAGUCUUCACCGUGAAGCAACCGAUCGGUGUCGCGGCUGCUCUCGUGCCAUGGAACUUCCCCGUCGCCAUGGUGCUGCGCAAGGUAGGCGCUGCCAUGGCAGCUGGUUGUACUAUGGUGGUGAAGCCUAGUCCCGAGACACCCAUCUCAGCUCUGGUGCUCGCCGAGCUGGCUCGCCGAGCAGGGAUUCCCCCGGGUGUGCUGAACGUGUUGACCACCGAUCUUGAGAACACCCCCUCUCUCAGCGAGGCGCUCUGCAAACACCCGCUCAUCAAAAAAGUGACCUUCACCGGCUCGACCAGAGUAGGCAAGCUCAUUGCAUCCCACUGUGCCCAGGGUCUGAAGAAGGUCACUCUGGAGCUGGGCGGCAACUGCCCCUACAUCGUCUUCGACGAUGCUUCUCUUGACCAGGCGCUGGACCAGCUUAUGGCUCUGAAAUGGCGUCAUGCGGGCCAGGCGUGUAUCACUGCUAAUCGAAUCUACGUGCAAUCCGGGAUCUAUGACAAGUUUGCUGCUGCGCUGAAAGAGCGGACCCAGGCUCUCGUUAUCGGCCACGGCAGUGACCAGAACACUACCCUGGGCCCCCUGACAACCCCCCGCAGCAUUGACAAGGCGAUUGCCCAGGUUGAAAAUGCUCGCAAGCUUGGCGCAGAGGUGCUGAUGGGUGGAAACCGUGUGACUUCACGCCCGGGAUACUUCUUCGAGCCGACCAUCCUCUCCAACAUGACCAAGGAAAUGCAAAUCACCGAUGAGGAGUCGUUCUCCCCGAUCGCUGCCCUGUACCGGUUUGACACUGAGGAGGAAGCCGUCAAGCUGGCCAAUGAUACCAGCAUGGGGCUGGCCAGUUAUGCUUUUACCAAGAAUGUCGAUCGUAUCUGGCGUCUGCUUGAGAAUCUGGAGGCUGGAAUGGUUGGAUUGAAUACUGGUAAUCAAUCCGCUGCUGAAUCUCCCUUCGGCGGCAUGAAGGAAAGUGGAUACGGAAAGGAGAGUGGCAAGGAUGUUGCCGUGCAGGAAUACUUGGUCACGAAGACCGGAACCUUGACUGUUGAGGGUCACUUUUAG